UUUUAUUUUUAUAUUUAUUAUUGUGUAUAAGCGCCAAAUAAUGCCCUCUGCUUUCCCUCUCUGAGUAAUAGUAAAGUGCAGCAAGAAAAGGAAACUCUGCCGAGUAAGUUAAAAUAUCAGAAACUAAAAAAACGAUGCUACAAUUAAAGGCUGGAAAUCUACUGGGAAAUUUUAUAUUAAAAUCCAAUUUGAUAUUCCGAAGGACCAUACAUAUGAAACGUCGCGAUGUCUAUCAGGAAUGUUUUCGCAUUUUGGGUGUACAUGAAUCCGCCGACCAGGAUACCGUGCGUUUGGCCUACUUGGAUUUGGUGAAACGUGUUCACCCCGAUGCGGACACCACAGAGGCAAGCAUCGAGCGGUUCCAGCAAGUAGAUGAGGCUUUCAAAACAUUGCAGGAGAAAUUUGCCAAAGGUCGCCGUAAUAUACAGGAGAAUGAAGAGGAUGAAAUGGAAUUUGAUAUUAAACACACGGCACCACAGCAUCGUCAAUAUCUAUCGAAUGAUGGCAUCGGUGUGGGAACACCCUUUCAGCGGCAAAAGCAAUAUCAACAGGUGCGUGCCAUGAAGGCCCAGGAAAGGGUAUUGGAACAUCGCCUGGAGAAAGCAGCUGCCGGCGAAGCUACGCUAAUGCAAAAAGGUGGCAAAUAUUAUGGUAAACAUGCCAUUAAGACUAAAUAUGGCUUUGAGCGGGUUGUCGAAGAUCUCAUCCAAGAGUCAAUGUCCAAGGGAGAUUUCAAUAAUUUGAGUGGUUCGGGCAAACCCUUAUCGUCAACCCAAUCCCAGAAUCCCUAUUUGGAUUUUACCACACACAAGUUGAAUAAAAUUAUGCUAGAUAAUGGUUUCACACCCGAAUGGAUAUCGCUUGGCAAGGAUAUACGAGAUGCAGUGCAUCAAUUGAAAGAAAAAUUGCGUUCAGAGCGCAUCUACUACAGUGAAUGGCCAUUACAAUGUCCCAAAGAACAGUCCGAAUGGCAAUCCUUCGCCGACCAGCAUGAGGAGGAAUGUCAACAAAUCAAUAAACUUAUAGAUAAAUAUAAUUUAAUUGUACCCAUAAUGGAUAAACAAUUCUUUCGCCUGCGUCUCCAUACCAUGGCAGAGAGAAUAUUCAAGGAAACCGAUUUGCAGCGUCAGGUGAAACGUCCUAUUAAAAUAUCCAAGGAUAAUAAUACUCAGAAUGCUCCAAAUAAUGAUGGUGGCCAUUUCUUUUCCCUUUUUGGUUUUCUAUAAACAAAUACAAUUGUUAGUAGUAAAAGUUAGCUGUGACAUGCAACAAUUUGGUGAUAAUAGUUUGUAGUUUCCUAAUUUAAAAUUGUGUUAAAUAAAUGAAACAAUCAUAAAAUAA